AUGGCUGCCAACGCCAGAUAUGAACAGGCUCCCCAGCGAGACUCCUUUGAGGAACGGGAGUUCUCUCAGCCCCCGCCGUCUUAUCAAGCGGCCUCGGAGUUUCCCAGCGCGCCUCGCAGUGAGGGAGACAACCUGCCUGAUGACUUCAAGUUCGGUGGUACCGUCGCGGAGGCGACCCUUCCCAUCCGUAUGCAGUUCGUCCGGAAGGUUUAUUCGAUCUUGACCGCCCAAAUCCUCCUGACUGCCGCCAUGAGCUCCAUCUCCUUCUUCAGCGAGGGCUACCGCACCUGGAUCCAAGGCAACUUCUGGCUACUAAUGGUCUCCCUCUUCGGCGCUAUCGGCUUCAUGCUCGUCACCUAUUGGAAGCGCAAGAGCUACCCCUCCAACCUCCUCUUCCUAUCAGCCUUCACAAUCAUGGAAGCCUACUCCAUCAGCGUUGUGACCUCGCUCUACGAAUCGCGCAUCGUUGUGCUAGCGCUCGUGUUCACGCUUGGUAUCUUCGUCGCUCUGACCGCGUUCGCGUGCCAAUCGAAAUACGAUUUCACGAAUUGGAUGCCAUAUUUGUUCGGUGGGCUGUGGUUUUUGAUUCUGUUUGGUUUUAUGGCCGCAUUCUUCCCGAGGAAUAGUACCAUGGAGCUCGUGUAUGGUGGUAUUUCGGCGCUGAUUUUCUCGGGCUAUAUCCUUGUUGAUACGCAGUUGGUUAUGCGGCACUACCAUGUUGAGGAGGAGAUUGCGGCUGCCAUCUCGCUCUAUUUGGAUAUCCUCAACUUGUUCUUGGCUAUUCUGCGGAUCUUGAAUAACCAGAACAACAACUGA